CAGGACGAUCGCGGCGGCUGGACUCUCUCGCACCAACACAAUCGAAUCCUCGACACCGCGACGACGACGACGAUGGCCCCGAACAGACGAGAGUGGACGCCGCCGCCGGCCGUCGAGGCCAAGCCCGCGGCCGGCCCGAACCUCCACUUGUUCGCGCCGCUCUUGUAUGGCCCGCUCAUCCCGCUCCUCCGCAUCGGGCUCCGCGGCCGACUGCCGCAGAAGCAGAUCGACGUGAUCUUCCUCUCGAGUGUCGGCCUCGCGCUUGGUCAUGCCGGCUACAUCAUGUUCUCCGACUCGAGUGUUUAAAUACUUCUAGACACCCCAUAUUCUACCAUAACGUUAAAUUCUACGAUGACGACGACUAGAGAGGGUCCAAGUCGAGUGUGC